CGAGGAGUCCCUUGCUGAAGGCGGAUCGCGGAGCGGCGGGCGGCGCGCGCGCGCCCGAGAGGCGGCUGUUAGAGAAGUGGAGCGGCGGCCGCGGGGGGAGGAGGAGGAGGGACUGAGCGGCGGCGGCCCCCGCGUCCCGGUGCCUCUAUGGGGAAAGCAGACAAUGGAUUAUGAUUUCAAGGCGAAGCUGGCGGCGGAGCGGGAGCGGGUGGAGGAUUUGUUUGAGUACGAAGGGUGCAAAGUGGGACGCGGCACCUACGGGCACGUCUACAAGGCGAGGCGGAAAGAUGGAAAAGAUGAAAAGGAAUAUGCAUUGAAGCAAAUUGAAGGCACAGGAAUAUCCAUGUCGGCUUGUAGAGAGAUUGCACUUUUGCGAGAAUUGAAGCACCCUAAUGUGAUCGCAUUGCAGAAGGUGUUCCUUUCUCACAGUGACAGGAAGGUGUGGCUGCUGUUUGAUUAUGCAGAACAUGACUUGUGGCAUAUUAUUAAGUUUCACCGUGCAUCAAAAGCAAAUAAAAAACCCAUGCAGUUGCCAAGAUCUAUGGUUAAAUCAUUACUUUACCAGAUUCUUGAUGGUAUCCAUUACCUCCAUGCAAAUUGGGUGCUUCACAGAGACUUGAAACCAGCAAAUAUCCUAGUAAUGGGAGAAGGUCCUGAAAGGGGGAGAGUCAAAAUAGCUGACAUGGGUUUUGCCAGAUUAUUCAAUUCUCCUCUAAAGCCACUAGCAGAUUUGGAUCCAGUAGUUGUGACAUUUUGGUAUCGGGCUCCAGAACUUUUGCUUGGUGCAAGACAUUAUACAAAGGCCAUUGAUAUAUGGGCAAUAGGUUGCAUAUUUGCUGAAUUGUUGACUUCAGAACCCAUUUUUCACUGUCGUCAGGAAGAUAUAAAAACAAGCAAUCCCUUUCAUCAUGAUCAACUAGAUCGAAUUUUUAGUGUCAUGGGGUUUCCAGCAGAUAAAGACUGGGAAGAUAUUCGAAAGAUGCCAGAAUACCCCACACUUCAAAAAGACUUCAGAAGAACAACGUACGCCAACAGCAGUCUCAUAAAGUACGUGGAGAAACACAAAGUGAAGCCUGACAGCAAAGUGUUCCUCUUGCUUCAGAAACUUCUUACUAUGGAUCCAACCAAGAGAAUUACCUCGGAGCAGGCUCUGCAGGACCCGUAUUUUCAGGAGGACCCCUUGCCGACCUUAGAUGUAUUUGCUGGCUGCCAGAUUCCAUACCCCAAACGAGAAUUCCUUAAUGAAGAUGAACCGGAAGAGAAAGGUGACAAGAAUCAGCAACAGCAGCAGAACCAGCAUCAGCAGCCCACAGCCCCUCCACAGCAAGCCGCAGCCCCCCCACAGGCACCCCCGCCACAGCAGAACAGCACCCAGACCAACGGGACCGCGGGCGGGGCCGGGGCCGGGGUCGGAGGCGCGGGAGCAGGGCUGCAGCACAGCCAGGACUCCGGCCUGAGCCAGGUGCCUCCCAGCAAGAAACCGCGGCUGGGGCCUUCAGGCGCAAACUCAGGCGGGCCCGUCAUGCCCUCGGAUUAUCAGCACUCCAGCUCUCGCCUGAAUUACCAAAGCAGCGUUCAGGGAUCCUCUCAGUCCCAGAGCACACUAGGCUACUCCUCCUCGUCUCAGCAGAGCUCACAGUACCACUCAUCUCACCAGGCCCAUCGGUACUGACCGGCUCCACUCGGCCCAGGCCAGCCCAGAGCACAGACUCCAGCAAUAUGAUGUCUGCAUUGAAAAGAACCAAAAAAAUGCAAACUAUGAUGCCAUUUAAAACUCGUACACUUGGGAGGAAAACUUUCUAUAUUGAGCAUUUUGCAGGACUAAUAUCUCUUCUUUAUUGACUUAAAGAAGAUCCUUGUGAAGUUUCCCAGCAACCCUUCCCCGCAUGUGUUCCAUUGUGACUUCUCUGAUAAAGCGUCUGAUCUAAUCCCAGCACUUCUAUAACCUUCAGCAUUUUUUUUGAAGGAUUUCCUGGUGCACCUUUCUCAUGCUGUAGCAAUCACUAUGAUUUAUCUUUUCGAAGCUCUUUUAAUAGGAUUUUAAUGUUUUAGAAACAGGAUUCCAGUGGUGUAUAGUUUUAUACUUCAUGAACUGAUUUAGCAACACAGGUGAAAAUGCACCUUUUAAAAGCACUACGUUGUUUUCACAGACUAUAACUGUUUUGCUCAUGGAAGUCUUAAACAGAAACUGUUACUGUCCCAAAGUACUUUACUAUCAUGUUUCUAUUUAUCUAGUUUCAGGGAAGGUCUAAUAAAAAGACAAGUGGUGGGGCAGAGGGAACCUACAACCAAAAACAGCCUGGAUCUUUGCAGUGUGCAGUGACUAUGCUUUAUGCUAUGAAGAACUGAAGUAUGUGAUAAUUUUUAUAUAAUCAUUCAUAUGGAACAUAGUUCCCAGAAUCAUCUUAUUCUGAAUAGUAUUCAGUAAUUAAGAAUUAUAAUUUUAACCUUCAUGUAGCUAAGUCUACCUUAAAAAGGAUUUCAAGAGCUUUGAUGAAAUAGACUCUCUGGUGACCCACACCAAAAUGCUGAAGAGAAUAUCAACUGCACUAGGAUUUCUUUAAGGAGUAAUUUUGAUCAAAGGACAUGUUACUUCCCUUUGAAGGAAAAGCUUUUAGUGUUCAUUGUACAUAAAGUUGGCUUUGCUAAAGAACUGUUGAUUUCUUCACAUCUGGGUCUGCGUGAGUAACUUUCUUACACAAUCAAGGGUACUCAAGUAAAAGCCUGCAAAUUAAUCUGCUUUUAAAAUAAAGAGCAGUGUUCUCCAUUCGUAUUUGCAUUAGACAUAGAGUGACUAUUUUUAAAGCAUGUUGAAAAUUUAGGUUUUAUCAUGUUUAAAGUAUGUAUUAUGUAUGUAUGCAUAAUUUUGCUGUUGUUACUGAAACUUAAUUCUAUCAAGAAUCUUUUCAUUGCACUGAAUGCUUUCUUUUGCCCCUAGGAGAAAACUUAAUAAUUGUGCCUAAAAACUAUGGGCAGAUAGUAUAAGACUAUACUAGAUAAAGUGAAUAUUUGCAUUUCCAUUAUCUAUGAAUUAGUGGCUGAGUCCUUUCUUAGCUGCUAUAAGGAGCCCUCACUCCCCAGAGUCAAGAGGAAAUGUAAAGACUUAGAGCUCCCAUUGUAAUGUGUGGGACAAGCAAUUUGUGUUCUUCUGAAUGCUACUAGCAGCACCAGCCUUGUUUUAAAUGUUUUCUUGAGCUAGAAGAAAUAGCUGAUUGUUGUAUAUGCAAAUUAUAUGCAUUUUUUAAAACUA